AUGGGAAUCAUCAUUGUUUUCUCGUCUCUCGUUUCAUCCCCGCCAUGCCUGCCUCUUGGUUCAGCUGAUGAUGAACGGUUGGUUGUGGGAGAUGUGGGAGAGAGAAUAGUGUUUAACGUCACUCCUCGUUUAGAGGUCAAGGGUUCUCCUGGGUUGAAUCAAGAAAUAACCUAUCAAUAUGCCAGGAUACAUAUCCAUGGAUAUCAAAGGUAUCUCCUCAUGUAUAAGGACUAUACACAUUCACUCAAGCUAAAUUUUGAAGCCUCAGCUGCUGGGAAAACAAGUAAAAUACACAUUUGCUGCUCUUUGGCUGUGUCUCCUGAAGUUGGUAUGUGCCCUCAUCAUCUCUGGAAGGAAGCUAUUAACGGCUCAUGGACUGCGAGAAUGUCACCAUUUGACUACAAAAUAUGCGAUGUAAGAGUAGUGAGCUCAUCUGCCAAUGUCACUCUGGAAGUGUCCAGCGUAGUUGAGUCGUUGAUGUAUCGCCCACUGUUCUUAAUCAUUGGUACCAUCUUACUGCUUUGGGCUUCUCCACUGAGUAGAUCAUUUGCAUUUUACUGCACUUGUUCUUUCACUGUUGGUCUUAUCCUUGUCUUCUUGCUUCUCCUCUUUCAGAUUAUUAAGCUUCUACCGACUCGACGGAGAUUUUUGGCAUUUUUCAUAUAUUCAUCUCUGGUUGGUGUAACUUAUGUCAUUCUUCCCCACAUACCCGGUUUCUUUCAAGGUGUGCCAAGAGCGUUGGGGUUCGAUGAUGAGAGUAAUGUGCUGUGUUGGUUGCUUUGUCUACAAUUCAUAGGAAUACAUUGGGGAUUUUUGGCUAUGCAUUCACCACUUCUCAAGGCUCAAGAUGGCUCCAUUGACAAUAGCACAUCAGUGUUUAUUUCGUGGUGCAUCUCUAUUAUGUCUGCGCUUUUGAUUCUUCAGAGUUCAGAAGAUCUUUUACUUGCUGGGGGAGCCUUGAUAUUUGUGAUUGUUAUGUCACCCAUAUUAAGGAGGAUCACCAUAUUGAUUUUCCCACAACAAAUUGUAAUGUAUUUACUGCUACGAACCCGGAAUGGAAUUAGAUACGCUGUUGGACAAAAUGGAUGGGCUAUGAUCCUUGACUUCAUGUUUUACAGAACACCCUGA